CUUCGGAAUGAGUCCCUUGGCGUUGGAGGAAGAAUGUUGCGCGGGGAGCCUCGCGGAGCAUCUCCGCCAGCGGCGCGGCAGUCAGCCUCUGGGCCGUCGGGCCGGCGCUGCAGUCUCGGUGGCUGCGCUCCCGGGGACCAGCCCCAGCGCUGGCUCCCCCCGCCCCGCGUGACGCUGGCGAGCGGCGGUGGCGAUGGGGUCGCACCAUCGGCAGGCACGCCGCGCAUUUCCAUGGGUGAGGACGCCGAGCCCGAGGCUGGUCUUCCUGCUCCCAGGGACGCCGCGAUGCCCGGCCCUUGGCUGCUGCUCGCCAUGGCUUUGACCCUGACACUGACGGGUGUCCCCGGAGGCCACGCACAGCCCGAGGUGGCCCAGCAGGAGGCAGCGAUGGCAGCCGAGCCUCCGGGCUUGGAUGACCUCCUGAGCCAGGCGGAGCGCCUCCUUCUCCUCCGGGAAGACCUCCAGCGGCUGCGAGGGGACCAGGGCAAUCGCCCAUCAGAGUCCCAGAGCUUUCAACUCGACUGGCUCUCUAAGCGUCAGCAUCCAGGCAAGAGAGAGGAGGCAGAAGAGAGAGUUUUAGAGGAGGAGGAGGAAGGAGGAGCUGUGGGGCCCUACAAACGGCAACACCCUGGCCGGCGGGAGGACGUGGCUGGAUGGUCAGCCGAUGACGCCCAACAGAAGUGGCAGCACCCUGGCCGGCAGGCCUCCUUACUUGGGUACGCCGUCACCAAGAGGCAGCACCCAGGCAGACGGCUGGUGGAUCCCAAGUUCCAGAGGAGCUGGAAAGAGGAAGAGGAGGAGGAGGAAGAGGGAGAGCUGAUGCCUGAGAAACGCCAGCAUCCGGGCAAGAGAGCCCUGGGAGGCCCAUGUGGGUUCCGAGGAGCCUGUGGUCAAGCUGGCCUCCUGUUGGGCCUCCUGGAUGACCUACGCAGGGGCCAGGAGGCUGAGGAGAAGCGGCAGCAUCCUGGGCGACGGGCAGCAUUGGCCAGAGAGCCCCUGGAAGAGUGAGCCCCGUUUUUUGCACAGUCAAGUUUGUGGUCUAAGAAUGUCCUGAGCCCUGUGUGCCCUUUCCCUUGGUGACCCCCUCUUUCCCUCCUCCUUAGAUCCCUGAUCAUAAACCUGAGCCCAGUAUAUACACAUCCCCGAGCCCCUGGCCUGGCCGCCUCCUUCAGGGUCAUGAGAAAGCCAGCCUUUGAGGUAAAACCCCAUAUUGCCCCACUUUGCACCGCUGGCAAGGGAGCAGAUCCCAGAGUCCCUCUCCCUGACCCCUGCAGUCCUGCCUCCCUUCCUUAGUCUGGGUAAAAUGACCCUUCUUUCUCUUCUAAGGGAUCCCAGAGAGGGGCAGGGUGCUUCCGGGGUGAGCCUCCAACAAGGACUGGGUAGGAUUGAAGCUGUGAUUUUAAAUCCUGCUUCCAUUACCUGCCGCACAUGUCAAGAUUCAUUAUGUAAACUUUACCCCUAGAACCCAGGGGCUCCUUCCCUUCUUGGGCAUCCUUUUGUAAGUGGGCAGAGCCCUGACCCACAGCUGCAUUCUGCUUGCAGUAAGCAUUGUAGGUGUCUCACCCUAUGGUGCUCUGCGGGGUGGUGGUUGUGGGAAUAAAUGCAUGUAGGAAUAUGUCAACAUUGCCCUGGAAUGUUGUGGCUUGUAUAUAACCUCUAGGUACCUUCCCCUUGUCAAUGGGCAUCAUCCUAAUGAUAAUAAAAUAUGCA